UUCAGUUGUUUGCAGCAAGCUGAUGUGCACUAAUUAGGCAAACAUGAAAACCACUUUGCAGUCAGCAUGAUGUUUAUUUCCACACGCACUUCCACUCGACUGCAUUAGGCCAAUUCUCAUCAGUGUCAGUUACAAGGAAGGAAUGGGAUGUAGAGAGGAGGAAGGAAGAAAAAAAUGCUUACCAGACAACCUUCAUGUGCAGUUGUGCAUUAGUGGGGGGAGGAGGAGAAGGGGGAGAGGGUGGCUGGCGGUGCUGGGCAGAGGAUUGAGGAGCAAAUGCAUUGCGGAGGGAGAGGAGGAGGGCCUACAGCUAUUGUUCAUGUCCUCCCGUGAACAAAGGGCUCAUCUGGGUCCGUAUGUAAACCCACAGCAGGCUUCAGCCCACUGACAAGGCCUCAUGCGGGACAAAACAUAACCGAUUGACUCCCGCAAUUUAGGCCUUAUUCCGUUUCAGUCUUACGGUUUGAGGAGUUUUUUUUUUCAUUGAUCCUACUCAGAGGGACGUAUUGUGUUGGUACGUUGCGUCCAGCCAACCGCCGUCCAGCGGGCCUAUCCGUUUUUACGCACGGAGCGUACACACGGUCUAUCAUCACGGAUCUGUAAACAUCAAUUUUCUGAUUGGACUUCUUUGCAGGCUGUUCCUCCAAGUCAUUCAAGCUGUACUCCCCCAAGGAGCCCCCCAACGGUAGCACUUUUCCCCCUUUCCACCCCGGCACCAUGCUGGACAGAGACGUGGGUCCCACCCCAAUGUAUCCUCCCACAUACCUGGAGCCCGGGAUAGGGAGGCACACACCAUAUGGCAACCAGGCAGACUACAGAAUAUUUGAACUCAACAAACGGCUACAGAACUGGACAGAGGAGUGUGAUAACCUGUGGUGGGAUGCAUUUACUACAGAGUUCUUUGAAGAUGAUGCCAUGUUGACCAUUACCUUCUGUCUGGAGGAUGGACCCAAACGUUACACAAUUGGUCGGACGUUGAUUCCAAGGUACUUCCGGAGUAUAUUUGAGGGCGGUGCCACUGAGCUCUACUAUGUGCUGAAACAUCCCAAGGAGUCCUUCCACAAUAACUUUGUCUCCCUUGACUGUGAUCAGUGCACCAUGGUCACUCAGAAUGGAAAGCCCAUGUUCACACAGGUGUGUGUAGAAGGCCGCUUGUACCUGGAGUUCAUGUUUGACGACAUGAUGAGGAUAAAGACGUGGCAUUUCAGCAUCAGACAACACCGUGAACUUAUCCCCCGCAGUAUACUGGCAAUGCAUGCCCAAGACCCACAGAUGCUGGACCAGCUGUCCAAAAACAUAACAAGAUGUGGCCUCUCGAACUCCACCCUUAACUACCUCCGACUGUGUGUGAUUCUGGAGCCCAUGCAGGAGCUGAUGUCCAGACACAAGACAUACAGCCUCAGCCCCAGAGACUGCCUCAAGACCUGCCUCUUCCAGAAAUGGCAGAGGAUGGUGGCACCACCAGCUGAGCCAUCAAGACAGCCGCCAAACAAACGGCGGAAGCGUAAGAUGUCGGGUGGCAGCACCAUCAGUGGAGGAGGAACUAAUAACAACAACAACAACAAAAAGAAGAGCCCUGGCAGUGGCUUCCCUCUGACCAGCCAAGUUCCAGAUGUGAUGGUGGUGGGAGAGCCCACGCUGAUGGGAGGGGAGUUUGGUGACGAAGACGAGCGUCUGAUCACAAGGCUGGAGAACACGCAGUUCGACGCGGCCAAUGGCAUUGACGACGAGGACAGCUUCAACAACUCUCCGGCGCUGGGCUCCAACUCGCCCUGGAACAACAAGGCACCCUCCAGCCAGGAGAGCAAGAGCGACAACCCCACCUCACAGGCAUCGCAGUAGAGCCCAGAGCCCCGCAGCCUCAACACAAACCCCUCUCUGCCACUCCUCAGACCCCCCCCCCGCACCCCGACAGCCACGAGUGCUACAGCCCAUCGCCUGAUCAACAACCCAGACAUCCCUGUAGAGCUCAGAUUCAUCACACACAUCUCAGACAAUGUCACUGAGCCAUUGCUAUGACUUCCUCAGAUUUAGGCACCGGGUCCUACCUCUGUCUCCCGUUUUGUCAUCUCACACUCAAAAUUUCUCGCUAAUUUUCUGUUUGAACAGCGACUGGGUAGAUUCGACAAUGGAGGCGCAGGGAUUUAAACCAGGGGAGAACUGUGCACACUAAACUGUCCAUACAGACCUUCACAUGUAGGCAGGGGUGGGAUGGAGGGGAUGGUGUCAGCGGGGCUUUGAGAUGGUGGCGAGUUGCUUAGGGACCACUUGUCCACCCGUCCUCUAAACAUGGCUCUCAAUUCUGGUCUGCGCUGUUGACGUCAAGUCAAUCGUAAUGGUGUGUGUGUGUGGGUGUGUGUGGGUGUGUGUGGUGUGUGUAAUGAGGAGAGAAAAGAGGCCGACUGAGCUUAUUUGUGGCUUUGCUGAAGCAGUCAGACCAGAAUUU